AUGACUAAAAAAGAAAACGGUCUGACCCCGUUGAUGAUCGCCGCCAAGGAGAACAAGCUCGUCAUCGUUGAACGGCUCCUGGACCUAGGUGUCAACGUGAACGACAGGGCAAACGACGGACGGACGGCUAUCCACUAUGCUGCGGCCUACGCCAAGGAUGACGUCGUUCGUACGCUUCUUAACCGGAAGGCGGACAUCACAUUAACUGGAGGCUCGAAAGACGAACUUCCGCUCCAUGUAGCAUGCGCGCGCAACAAUGGGGCGAUGACGGUGGUGCAACAGCUUUUGCGCGCGCAGAUAAAGGAUCAAAGACUCGUGAUGGACAAGAGUGGCGCUAUACCACUGUUCCUGGCUGCGGAAGUGGGCAACGUGUCGGUGUGUCGGGAACUGCUGACUUCCACUGUGGAGGCACAGCUGAGUGCACAGAGAAAGGACAAUGGUGACGGAGCUCUUCACAUUGCGUGCCGGAGGCGUGAUAUGGAGCUCGCAAGAUUACUCGUGGAAUCUGGGGCAAUUGUCGACAUGCAAAACCACGAAGGCCAAACGGCGUUGCACAUUGCAGCGUUUGAGGGAGACGAGCCGAUGCUGAAGUACUUACUCCUAAAUAAGGCCAGCCCGUAUAUGUCUGACAAGCUGGAUCGCAGUCCUGUGCACAUAGCAGCCGAGCGCGGUCACACCCACAUUGUGGACCAGUUACUAGACAAGUUCAAGUCGUCGCUGUCCGCUCGCACCAAGGACGGUAACACUCUUAUGCAUAUUGCCUCAACGUUUGGUCACCCCGAGACCGCGCUGGCGUUCCUCAAGAAAGGCGUGCCACUGUAUAUGCCAAAUAAGUCUGGGGCGCUAUGCCUCCACGCGGCGGCCAUGAAGGGUCACACUUCCGUCGUCAAGGCGCUACUCAUGAAGGGCACUCCAGUGGACUCAAGGACUAGGGAAGGCUACACUGCACUCCACCUAGCGACUGAAUUCUGCAAACCACAAAGCGUGCAGCUGUUGCUGGGAUACGGAGCGCAGGUCGAAGCAAAGGGUGGAAAGGCCCUAGAGACCCCGCUGCAUAUCGCAGCCCGGACCAAGGAAGGCGAGAAGUGUGCUGAGAUGCUGCUUAAGAGUGGCGCUGAUGUGAACGCUACUAAACAGAAUGGCGAGACCGCCCUGCACGUGGCGGCAAGGAGCGGUCAGCUGCACGUACUCGCGGACCUACUGGAGGACGGAGCGGAUCCGACCGCAUUCUCUCAGGCUGGUGAGACUCCCCUGCACAUGGCAGUCCGUCACUGCCACCUGGAGGUCGCCAGGGAGAUCCUUCAGCACGUGAGCAACCGGAAGUCCAAAAUAGACGCGUUCAUGCUGGUCAACCAACCAAACUACGAAGGGGAGACGCCGGUGCACUACGCGGCAGGGCUGCAGAAGGCGUUGGCCCAUGACGAGUUUGAGGACACGGACAUCAUGAGACUGCUCCUCGAGUACAACGGAGAUGUCAACAUACACACCAAAAUGACGUACGAGACGGCACUACACUACGCGGCACGCUCUGGGAACGAUGACGUCAUGUUGGAGAUGGUCAAACACAUCGGCUCCAAGAACAUCCAAAACGCUGUCAACAGGCAGGCUAAGAACGGGUGGUCUCCCCUGUUGGUCGCCAGCGAGCAAGGUCAUCUAGAGGUCGUCAAAAUCCUGCUGAAUCAUCAUGCGCGAGUCGAUGUGUUUGACGAGGCGCAUGGAAAGGCGGCGCUCCACCUAGCGGCGGAGAGCGGUCACGACAAAGUGGCGGACAUACUACUCUGGCGCAAGGCGUACGUGAAUGCCAAGUCCAAGUCGGGCAUCACACCCCUCCACCUGGCCGCCCAAAACGGCUACAACACCCUAGUCACUUUGCUCAUCGAGACACACAAGGCAACAAUAGAUGCUUUGUCUUUGACACAGAAGACGCCGUUGCAUAUGGCGGCUCAGCAUGGACAACUCGAUGUCUGUAGCACGCUGCUUAAACUCAAGGCAGAUGCAAAUGCAGUCGAUGAGCACGUGCAAACUCCGCUCCACCUGGCGGCCGAAAACGACCAUUCAGACGUUGUCAAGCUAUUCCUGAAACACCGUCCGGAGUUGGUCACCAUGGCCAAUACGAACGGUAUGACGAUUGCCCACAUUGCAGCCGCUAAAGGCAGCGUCGGGGUGCUUAAGGAACUCAUGAAGUUUAACAAGGCCGUCGUGACUUCUGCAAGAAAUAGGACGAACGAAUCCACCGCCCUCCAUCUUGCCGCAGAGGGCGGAUAUAAAGAAGUUGUGGAGACGCUCAUUGAAGCCGGAGCAAAUCCAAAAGACGAAAAUGGGGAUGGUAUGACGGCGCUUCAUUUGGCAGCAAAAAUGGGUCACGUGCAAAUACUGGAGGCCUUAAACGGGAAGUUGUCUUUCCGCACUUCAAGCAGGAAGACUGGUCUGACGGCUCUCCACGUGGCGGCCAGUUACGGUCAGUCAGACUUCAUUCGGGAGAUGCUGAUCACAGUUCCGGCCACCAUCCGCUCCGAGCCCCCGGGAUCUGGAAACACAAACAUUAAGGACCUGCAUAGCGAGCAUGGUUUGGCACCCCUGCAUCUUGCAUCAAAAUUCGGACACGAGGGUCUCGUGAGAUUGUUACUGAACUGUCCGGGAGUACAGGCAGAGGCAGUGACGUACCAGCAGGGUUCCACGUCCCUCCACCUUGCGGCCCAGAGCGGUCACGUGCACGUGGUCAGUCUGCUCCUCAGCAAGUCAACCGCCAUGAUGCACGUUAAGGACAAGCGGGGUCGCACCGCCAUCAUGCUUGCCGCAGCCAGCGGACAUCUGGACAUGGUCACCCUACUGGUCGGACAGGGGGCGGACAUCAAUGCAGCCGAUAAGAACGGCUGGGCGAGUCUGCAUUUUGCCGCCAAGGCUGGCCACCUGGGCGUGGUCAAGUACCUCGUGGAAAGUGGGGCGUCCACCAAGGGCGAGGCGAAGGACGGCAGGAUCCCCAUCUGCUUUGCCGCCCAGUUCAACCACUUUGACGUUCUCAGCUAUCUCAUGCAAAAGGACCACAGCACGCAAAAGCUGAUGGACGACAAGAAGUUUGUCUACGACCUAAUGUCAUGUGGCAAACAAAACGGCAACAAGUGCAUCGAGGAGUUCAUAGUACGCUCGGCGGCGCCCGUGGACACGGCUGCAAAACUAUCCAACAACUUCCGGAUACUGUCUGUCAAAGAAAAGGAGCGGUCAAAGGAUCUGGCCACUGCAGGAGAUUUCUGUGAAAACAUGGCGACCGAUUUGCUAUCCACGGCUGCCAGCACGAACAGCCCGUCCGUGCUGUUGAAAGCCAUUGAUUGCAAUGGCUCGCAAUUUCUGGACGUUUUGAUAGAAUAUGAGCAGAAACAGGUAGUCGCGCAUCCGGCCGUCCAGAAAUACUUGUCCGACAUCUGGAUGGGGAAUUUGAAAUGGGCGGCCUGGAAAUUCAUCGUGUUGUUCUGCGCCUGUUUUUUCAUACCCAUCAUAUGGCUUGUGUUAUCGCUGCCACUGAAACAUCGCUUCAACAAAGUGCCUAUAAUAAAGUUCAUGUCGUAUCUGGUGUCGCACCUGUACCUGAUGAUCCUGUUUUGCGUGACCACCGUGUACCCGUUGGUGCCUAUAUGGAUGUCAGCGUCUCUCAUUCCGCACUGGUACGAAUGGUUGCUCCUGGCGUGGUUGUCUGGCCUAUUAGUGUCGGAACUCACAAACCCUGGCGAUAGAGCUGGACUGGGAUAUCUGAAAGUUGUAAUUCUAGCAAUAUGUGCCAUAGCAAUCGUCUGCCACAUCCUUGGCUUUGCAUUUCAAGGCGAUGACAGAUUAGUCAUGAUAUUUAUUCGCAAUUUGUUCUUUGCAAUAGCCUUAUUCUUGUGCUUUGUACAAAUGCUCGACUUUCUCACAUUUCAUCACCUAUUUGGACCAUGGGCAAUAAUUAUCAGAGACCUUCUCAAAGACCUUACGCGAUUCUUGGUCGUCUUGCUUAUUUUCAUGGUAGGCUUCACCCUGCACCUUACCGCAAUAUACCAGCCGGUGUUCGCACCGCCGGCUCCCGAUCCUGUGUUAGGGGACGGUCUAGGAGCCGGGGUGUCAACGCCGACGAUUAGCCCAUUAGAUGUAUUCGAGCUACUUCUGUUUUCGCUGUUUGGGUUAGUGGAUCCGGAGAGCCUUCCGACGCUCUACAGGAGUCCGAUCUGGGUUGUGACAAUCGUAAAAAUAGUCUUCGGAAUCUACAUGAUGGUGACGCUGAUCGUUCUAAUCAACUUGCUGAUCGCUAUGAUGUCCGAUACAUACCAGCGCAUCCAACAGCAGUCUGACAUCGAAUGGAAAUUUGGACGGGCGAAACUAAUUCGGAAUAUGAACAAGACGUCAGCUACCCCUGCUCCGUUGAAUCUUUUCACGAAGCUGUUUACGUAUAUUCGAGUGAUAUUCAAGCACAGAGGCAAGCUGUGUAGCACCCAGGUGCAGGCAUACAUGCAAGAGGACGAUGACCUGGACGCCGCCUCGGACACCAAGUCUGUCGACAUCCUCGCCAACUCCUCCUCAGUCUGGCUGCGCAGCAUACGCCGUCGAGGCGGCCGACAUCAAACUUCCCACGGUCCUCAGAGGCUCGAGGAUGCUAUUGACUGGAAAAGUGUCGUGAAACGUUACUACAAGAUGCAAAGAGGCGGAGAGGACUUCUCUGAUGACGAGGACGAGGAGAAAACUGACCUUCCACAUGGUGAAAGCAAAAACAAUUUACAUGCAGGCAAUGGGAUAAACUGAGAUGCGUUAUAUAAGUGACCUUCCACAUAGAGAAAGCAAAAACAAUUUACAUGCAGGCAAUGAACUGAAAAACGUUGUAUAAGAUUCUACGGUGCGUGGAAUAUUUCUCGGAUGGAGCUGGCGAGGAGAAAAAUGUGUCUACCAUGCUGAAGCCCAGCAAUGGCAAGGCGUGUUUUUAUCAAAAGUAACAUUUGCAUUUGUAUAACGCCAAUAUGCUGUGUGCGAGUGAUUUGUGUAUUUAUUUUUUAUGCUUAUUUAUGUUUCCCAUUGUGGAUUAUAUUAUUUAAAAAUGCAACGAUAUUGGUGCAGCGUGCUAUUUAAAACGUUGCAAUCUCAGUUACAAUAACGCGUAAAAAUUAUAUAUACCGUUUGCUUUAUUAUUUAUUUAUAUUUUUAUAAAUAUGAAAACGUUUGAUUUAAAUGGUCAACAAUGCUACUGUUUUUGGUACACACGUAUACUUUUAAUUGUAUUUUUGUUUAUAUUAUAAUCAAGCAAUUUCACGAGUUCUGUUUAAAUUUACAAAUUAAAUUAUGUAUAUAUGCUUGUAAACUCGAUAUUAAUGACUUUAAAAAAAGACCAUGUACAUGGAUAAAUGUGAAUAAUUCAUUAAUUCCAAUUUAAUUGAGCCCUGUUCUGAGAAAAUGGGGAUUUAUGUAUGUUAAAUAUAUAUUAUAAGAACAUUUGUUAAUCAUCGUAUUGUAUAUACUUAUUAAAACAGGAGCACUGGGUAGACGAAUAUUCUGUAUACUUGUACUUGGAAGAAUACCUAUAGCACAAUUUUUCAAAUAUUUUAUGUCAUAAAAAUGGUUGAAAUCAUGAUUGGCUUACUAAAUUACACGCUUGCGUUACAUGAUUUGAUAUCAUACAUGUAUUUCAUCACACUCAAAAUAAAGUUGUAAAAAAGACGC